CGACAGCAGCAGCGGCGGCGGCAGAAGCAGCAGCAGGAGGAGGAGGAGGAGACAGCGGCUUUCGCCUUGCACUGGCCGGUGCGGAGCGGGAUCGGGGCACCUGUGCCCGGCGGCUCCGCGUAGCUGGUGGCCGGGGGCCGGCGCGGGGCGGCCGCAGACCCCGCCGUGCAUGAGGGACGGGGCGCAGCCGCCGGAGGUGCCUCUGCCCGUGCCCCAGAGCGAGGCGCUUCCCGCCCGCCUGCCAUUGCGGUGCAGCCCUCGCACUUGGCCGGGGGUAUUCCUUAUAGUUAUUCAUAUCCAGGACCCAGUGUAGAAUGGGGAGAAAACUGGACCUUUCUGGCUUGACUGACGAAGAGGCAGAGCAUGUGCUCCAGGUGGUUCAGCGAGAUUUCAGCCUCCGUAAGAAAGAAGAGGAAAGGCUGAGUGAAAUGAAGCAGAAGUUGGAUGAAGAGGGCAACAAGUGCAGCAUCCUUUCCAAGCAGCAGAAGUUCAAUGAGCACUGCUGCAUUCGCUGCUGUUCCCCUUUCACAUUUCUGAUCAACAGCAAGCGACAGUGCCAAGACUGCAAGUACAACAUCUGCAAGAGCUGCAGCACUUACCAGAAGAAGGAGAAGGCUUGGAUUUGCAGUGUCUGUCAGCAAGCAAGGCUCCUAAAGACCCAGUCUCUGGAUUGGUACUAUAAUAAUGUCAAAAGCCGCUUUAAGUGUUUUGGAAGUGCCAAGGUCCUGAAGAACUUGUACAAGAAGCAUAGACUGGAGAGUGGACUUUGUCCUGAUACAAUAGCAGAAGGAAGUUUGUAUGAAGGCAGCCUUGAGAAUGAAGGAAGCAUUUGUGGCAGUGACUCUACCUUCUACCAACAGACAGAAGGACACAGCAUGAUGGAUACCCUUGCUGUGGCCUUACGUGUUGCAGAGGAAGCAGUGGAAGAAGCUAUUUCUAAGGCAGAGACCUACAGUGACAGCCUGGACAAGCAGAAUGAAGCUUGUUACUUGCAGGAGCACAAGGAGGACCUCAUAGAAGAGCUGGCCACAACCAUUGUGCAGAAGAUUAUAAAGAAGCAGAAGAACAAACCCGAGCAGGCCGAGGCUGACUUGGAAUGGCCGCCGUCGCGGAGCAGCGGCCUGGCGUCCGGCGCCGUCUCGGACCAGAGCAUGCUGACAUUCCCAGGGAGCCGCAGGGGCUCCUACACCUUGUGGAGGUCUCAGUCUGCAUUCUCCCUGGCUAGUGAAGAUAUGGCCAGUAAAGGACAAGACCCUGCAUCAUCUGUGGCCGAGGCCCUUGGGAGGCAGCAAAAGGGACAGUCCAGGAAGCAGAAGGAACACAAGCACUCUGCUUUACCCAGCUGGAAGAGUGUAGACAGGCUAAAUGAAACAAGUGACCAAGCGCUGGAACAGGUUGCCCAGAGAUGCUGUGGAGUCCCCUUCACUGAAGAUAUUCAAGAACCUGGAUGCAAUCCUGUGCCAUGUGCAGGUCCACCUUCUGUUUUCCAAAGCACCGAUGGAAACUGGGUGGCUUUGCAGAACGUCACCCUGCCUCGUCCUCGAAUGCUGGCCAAACCAAAGAGUCAGGUGUUCAAAGCUUUGGAGAGCGAGUCCAGCAUUGUGUCUGCCUAUGACGAGAUGGGCUCGGACAGCGAGGAUGACUAUGACUGGCACGUGGCCUUGAACAAGCUGCGGCGGAGACCCCGGCAAUUGCCAGACGACUUCUAUUACUCCAAUUCCCAGUAUGGUACCGAGUGGGCUUAUGGCAACGAUCAGUGCCAGACAGUGACCUCCCCCUCCUCUGGGUUAUACACCAACACUGAGACACUGCUCUCCGAUUCGGAAACAUCUUCAGUAAACUCUUCCCAGGAAGCUAAAGGACCUAGCAAACUUCUCUGGUUGCAAAGCAGAACUCAAAGGGAUAGGCCCAGAAUGGAAAAGAAGCACUUCCAUGGAGAACUAGAUGUAAAUUUCAAUCCACAGGCAACUAGCUUGGAGUAUUCAGACAGCAGUGAGACUGAAGGAGUCCAUUAUGAUUUAGAAAAGAGAUCAAGAAGGUGGAAGAAGAACAAAGCCAUCUCUGAAGACUUAUGUGAAGAAAAGAAUCAGGCAAAAGCCAACAAGAUGAAUUUAAGUCAGGAUUUUGAUGAUUUAUCAGAAACAGAUGUAAGCAAUGAGUAUCAGCACCAUGAUGUCAAGCCUGAACUUACGGAGGACGAGCUUAAAUCCAGGUUAUUUCAGCUUGCUGCUAAAAUGAGUGAUAAGGAAACAUCAUCUGGUGAAGAACAAGAGUCAGAACCUGGAAUAGAUCUGGAAAACCAGAAGGAGAGUUUGUCCUCGGAGGAAAAUGGCAAAAGUAUCCAGGAAGAGUUAAAGAAGGAAAAACAAAAGGCUAUUGAUCUUCAUUUAAAGCUGCAGUUUUUAUCCACUGUAUUGCAGCAGAAGUACUCUGCUGUCUCUCUCUGCAACAUAUCUACAGAAGUCCUGAAAGUCAUCAAUGCCACUGAAGAGCUGAUAGCAGAAUCCACCGAUCCCUGUGACUUCCCAGACGACGUUCAGGGCAGAGGGAGAGGAGCCCUCCCACUGGGCACAGAUCCUGUCAGACUUGAUGAGCAGCUCACCACGCUGGAAGAAAAUGUGUACCUGACAGCCAGCACCGUGUAUGGGCUGGAGGGGCAGCUGAACAACCUGGAGGAUGCCGCACGCAAGAUCAACAGCGUUACUGAGGAAUCUGAGCUGGCCGAUCUGGAGGAUCAGGUGGCCACAGCAGCUGCCCAGGUUCAUCAUGCAGAGCUUCAGAUUUCAGAUAUUGAGAGCAGAAUAUCAGCUCUCACUGUUGCAGGCUUGAACGUGGCUCCCUGUGUUCGCCUGACAAGGAAACGGGAUCAAAAGCAAACAAACCAGAUGCAUACAAUAGACACAUCAAGACAGCAGAGGAGAAAGCUUCCAGCUCCACCAAUAAAAGGUGAAAAAAUAGAUGGCUCUCCAGUUACCACUGUCAGAACGUUUAACAGAAACUUCAUGCUUCAAGGAUCUCUAACACAAAGAACUAAAGAAAGGAAAAGCACUGCCAAGGACUUAAUGGAACCUGCUAUAGGAUCUGCUGUGAUGUACUAAAUGUACUCUUCCCUACUGCCAAUAACACACUGCCUAAGGCUGUACACUAGAGUGCCUUUUCUUAACAGCCAUUGUGUAUGUCCAGCUGAAAAUGGACCCUCAAGAACCCACAGAGCCUCAGUUAUAGGGCUUCAUUUGGAUACCUCACUGAGAAAGCUGUCCAAGUCUUCAGCAUUGUGGUCCGCUACAAGAAACUCUGCCUUAAAGUUCUCAGAGGACUCUAGACAGGAUGCUAUAUUUCAAAAGCAAGGCUCCACAUUUUAAGAUGCACUUUUCUCCCUAUCGAUUGUACUAAAGUAUGUAGUCUUUAAACUGCAGUAUGUUUUUGUACACUCAAUCAGUCAUAAUUAUAGGCCAAUUAAUCUGCCAAAGCAGACCUGUGAUCCAUAUUUGCUGGCCUCUUACUAUUCAUGUGGGCAUCUGUCUUGUCGAGCAAUAAGAACAACUCUGUGCAGUGUGUGCUGCUUUUCAGCUGCGUGGAGGGAGAGGAGAAUUUGUGUACCUCACUCUGCUCCCAGGGAGUCAGUGGAAGUCUUGGGAGAAUUGGUAGGAGGAGGAAGAAUUCUCUGUUCUCUGAGAGUACAUCUUGCAGAUUGAAUGUUCCAGCUCCAUAGCUAGGGAUAUUGCUCUAGGCAGCAGGGGGGUCAUGCUGAACCAGGAACUGGUGUCUACACUUGUGGAGCAGAUGUCUGCUGAGUUGGGAUCCCAGUGUCUGGAAACAUCUGAACACUGUUAAAGAAACCAACACCUUCAUAUGUCUUGUUCUUGGCAGCAUUGUCCACUUGGUGGUGGCCAACCAUGCUGCAAUUCAGAAUAAAUUGUGCCCAAACCUUUAAGAUUGGAAAAAAGAGGUGAAAGUGUUGGGGAUCUCUGCUGACUGACUGGUGGUUGAGGGGUGGCUGCAGCUUGCAAGAGAUUCCUUUCUGAUGUUUACUGGUGUUUUUGAGAAGGAGGCAAAUGUAGCCCAGACAUCAGCUCCUAUACUAAUCUGGAGCCACCAGAGAGUAGCUGGGGCCUUUGCUGGUGCCAAUGGAGCCCACUGUUACUGGACCACUCUGAAUUGGAUUGUGAAUAGUAAUAUUAUUUCUUUCAUUUCUUGAGACCCUUAACAGGUGAGUCAAACUAGAAGGCCAUUUGGCAGAUGCCCAGGAGAGAGGAUGCUGUUUACAGGGUGUCUCUCUCACCCUUUUGUGGGAGAACAUUGCAAAUCUGUGCUUUUUUUUGCUCUGAAGAAUACAAAGAAGGUAGUCAGAGGAGGUGAUAAGCCAGUGAAUCCCUUACCUUCCACACCAGUUGCAGAGCAGGUACCCAGGUGCAGAUGGGGUUGAUGUGAAAUGUGCUACGAAGGAAAGCACGGGCUGGCAAGUUCCCCUCAGCAUUAAGGACUGCUGAGCUCUCCCAAGAGCUGUGGGUGCCAGGAAGGAGGAGUUCCUUCAUUCCCUGGGCUCCCAGUGAACACCCACAAGCAGAGCGCCACCUGUUACCUGCCACG